AAAGACUGGGUCAUAUAAAAGCAGAGACAUUGUGAGGGAACAGUGGACUUUGGGACCAGCAGUGAGUUGGAGAUGAAGGGAGGAAAGAAUGAAAAGUCCAAACUCAAGGACUCCCCGCAGGAGAAUGGAGUACAGACAAACCAGUACAGCUCCAUCUCUCCUCCUGCCUCACCUGAGAUCCAGGAAGAACCGUUCUCCACGUACUUUGAAGACAAGGUGCCCAUUCCUGAAGGUGGCAACCAGAUAUUCAGUUUCCGAAAACUCUGGGCCUUCACUGGACCAGGGUUUUUGAUGAGCAUUGCUUACUUGGAUCCGGGGAACAUCGAGUCCGACCUGCAGUCUGGAGCUAAAGCCGGCUUUAAGCUCCUAUGGGUGCUCCUCUUAGCCACCAUCAUUGGGCUGCUGUUGCAGAGGUUAGCUGCACGCCUCGGGGUCGUCACAGGGAUGCACCUGGCUGAAGUCUGCAACCGCCAGUAUCCCGCCGUUCCUCGGAUAAUCCUUUGGCUUAUGGUUGAACUUGCAAUUAUUGGCUCAGACAUGCAGGAGGUCAUCGGCUGUGCCAUAGCUCUCAACCUCCUCUCUGUGGGAAGGAUCCCACUGUGGGGAGGAGUCCUCAUCACCAUAACAGACACAUUCGUGUUCCUCUUUCUAGACAAAUAUGGCCUGAGGAAACUUGAAGCUUUCUUUGGCUUCCUCAUCACUGUAAUGGCAAUUAGCUUUGGUUACGAGUACGUGCUGGUAAAGCCAGACCAAGGGGAGCUGCUGAAGGGGAUGUUUGUACCCUACUGUGCCGACUGUGGGCCUGUGCAGCUGGAGCAGGCAGUGGGAAUCGUGGGCGCUGUCAUCAUGCCCCACAACAUCUACCUGCACUCAGCGCUGGUCAAGUCUCGGGAAGUCGAUCGCAGAAAUAAGAAGGAAGUAAAAGAAGCCAACAAAUACUACUUCAUUGAGUCUACUAUCGCUCUCUUCGUCUCCUUUCUCAUCAACGUCUUUGUCGUGGCGGUCUUUGCUCAGGCCUUCUACAAUAAAACCAAUAUGGACGUGAAUGCAGUUUGCAAUGCAACUGGCAGUCCACACACAGAUCUCUUCCCUCUCAACAACGGCACACUGGAGGUGGACAUCUAUAAAGGGGGAGUGGUCCUGGGCUGUUUCUUUGGCCCUGCAGCUCUCUACAUCUGGGCCAUAGGGAUCCUGGCAGCUGGACAGAGCUCCACCAUGACAGGCACUUACUCUGGGCAGUUUGUCAUGGAGGGUUUCCUGAACCUCCGGUGGUCUCGUUUUGCACGGGUACUGCUGACCCGCUCCAUCGCCAUCACACCUACUCUGCUGGUAGCCAUUUUCCAGGACGUUCAGCAUCUGACAGGCAUGAACGACUUCCUGAAUGUGCUUCAAAGCAUGCAGCUUCCAUUUGCUUUGAUCCCAAUUCUGACCUUCACCAGUCUGACAUCCAUUAUGAAUGACUUUGCAAACGGAUUGUUUUGGAAGAUUUCCGGAGGCAUCGUCAUCCUGGUGGUUUGUGCAAUCAACAUGUACUUUGUGGUGGUUUAUGUGACGGCGCUGAACAGUGUGCUGCUCUACGUCCUCGCUGCUCUCCUCUCCGUAGCCUAUCUGUGCUUUGUAGGCUACCUGGCAUGGCACUGUCUGAUUGCCUUGGGGGUUUCCUGCCUGGACUUUGGCAGCAGGGUAAGAAAGCGACCUGCUGUGUUGAUAGAGGAACAGUCAGAGUACGACUCCUAGAGCUGAACAGGACAGUAACCACCAGCAUUCUUCUUUCCUCUCGGAGACUCUGAGCCCUGUACACAACCAGGACUUGUCAAGAUCAGAUAGGAUCUUGAAAGCACAUUUUCUGCUAAUGUCACGUGUUUUUUUUUGUUUUUUUUUGUGUAGGGCUGGGUAUCAAUAUUUGGUGCUUUUUAGGUAAUCAAUCAAACAUAUUAAUACUACACCAGCACAGUAUAUAAGAUACCAGUGUUUGAUGGUUGAGCCAACCCCUAAGGAAAUAUACGUACAUCAUUUUACAAAUGAAUAAUUGUUACAAUCCUCCAAGUAUUUACCGUUGGUUAUGAAGCGACACACUGUGACAUGAGUGAUUCAUACAGCAUACGACUCGAUAAUUCACCUAAUUGUCAGUAUUUUCAGACUUUUUAUAAAAUGUCAUCUACACUUUAGGAAUAGCAGCUCAGCAUGCGUUUCCAUACUGGGAGACAUUCCCAGCAGUCUUUGUGUUUUCACCUACUUUGGUCGUCAUGAGCAGGAUGACGGAGGAUAUCAGUUCGAAGUUAAAGGUUUUACACAAAAGUUCCAGUGAUUUAAGCUAACAUGAAAAGGUGCUGGUUUCUAUAAACUACACUAGUAGCCACAGUGUUUGGGGCCUUACAGCUGCAAAUUCUUUAAACAAGCUUGAUGUCUGUGGGAAGACCAGAGCAGCACAGAGGAUGUGAAUAGCCCUAAUAAAAUACAUUUUUAUUUAGGAUCAAAAUUUUAGAAUUACCACAAUUGCAAUAAUAAUUUUCAACUAUAAAUAUAUUUUUAAUAAAAAAAAUUGAUCAAACAUGCAACAUGUCAUACACACUGUAUGAAAGACUCCACUUUUGCUGCUGAGGUUAUAGUGUUAUAUGGUCAUGAAGACCAGAAUCAGCAUGGCUGGUGAAGCCACUUUGUUUUCCACACUUAUUUUUAGCACUGUUUCCAUUAAGCAAGAGCUGACCUAACUAUCUACUUGAAGUGAUUAUAUUUUCCAGAUUCAUUGCCAUGUUCCCUGUGACAAUAUCAGCUGCAUCAAGUACUUUGCUCUCUGUGAGCCCCCUCACCUUGUUAUUGUCAACCUGCCAAUGUCCUGGUGUUGGAGGAGCUGCUCACUGUGCUGCAAUUUCCACUCAGUCUACCUCAACAUACUAUACUAUACUAUAUACUCUACUAUCUACUAUCAUCUCGUCAUCUCUCAGGCUCUCUAUAGCAGUUUGAUUCUAUUUCCAAAACGACACAAUUGUUACAUGAUACAUGAGGAAGUUUUCUUAAUCUAAUUCUGUGUACUAAAAAUCUCCAAAUGAUAUCCAGCCCUUAUUGUGUAAAAGAAAAACCUUUUGGUUAUGGGGUUUUAAUGUUGUGAGCUGAUUCCUGUCAAACAUGUCAAAGUAGCUUAAAUGACAAGUUUCAGUAUCAUGCAGAAGUAUUGCAUAUACCUCAUUUGUCACUUCCUUGUGUGGAGCCCCAGUUGUCUCUAUGUUUUGCACAAGUCCAGAGUGGACAUGUAGUGGAUACAACCAAGUCUGCGACUGAGGUAUGCAGCCUGAACUUAACCGCUCCAUUGAAAUAAAUGUAGCUUUAUAUGAUUGCAGCCCCAUCCUCAGAGCCUCUUUUAGUGCCUAAAUAAUAAGGAUACCAGCAGCUGGGGUGAGUCAUCGCACGUGAGCUUAUCAGUGAAUUGAAAUUCAAUAUGAAGGAAAUUGAGCAUCAAAAUAUGUUUUUAACAGUGCAGGCGCCAGAGAGUGUUGGAUGUACAAAUAUAUAUAUAUAUAUAUAUCUUUAAAACAUUUUUGUUUUGUUCUGUUGUUCCAAAAUAACUCUCUUUGCAACAUUUUUUGAGCAUCAUUUGUCUUUGGUUAGACUUCCUGAGAGGAAGUCACUGCAACAUAUUUAUACUGCUGUGCAAAGAGAAGACAAGCUUUUAUGUUUGCUGUAGUCAUAAUUCCUUUAAUUAUCAUGACAAAGAAGUCAAAACCAGUUCAAAGAAAGCCAUGGUUAUUUCUAUAACCCAUAAUCACAAGUCUGGCUUCGAGGGCCCUCAGAAGUAGUCAUUUUGUGAAUGAAAGUCUAAAAAUACUACAGCUCACAAUAAAAUUCUUUCAGGUCAGACGGUGCACUGCAUCUGUGUCCAAUGUAAGUUAUUUAACACCUUCUCAUUUACUACAAUGGUGUGUUUUUUUUUUUUCUUUUCGUCAUUGGCUCUGACUAUAAUCAGUUUACAGUAGUCACAUGAUGGCAAGGGUCUGGCAACAUUUGGGAAUUCUUGCCUUGGUUAUUCCCCCGCAUCAACAUUGUUAGUUUAAAUUAAAUUUAAAACUACUGUUAAUAUUUACAAUAGUUUUCCAACACAAGUCUCCUCAGCAGCAGACCUGAGGGUCAAAAUGAAGUUUAAAACUUUACUUGUUUUUCUCAAACUAAUAGGCAUAUUUAGUAAACCAGUGCAAAGAGAAUUAAAGCUGUGCUUAGGAAAAAUUGAUUAUUUAUAAUUAUAUUUUGAUAUCGGCUGUCAGACACCAUACUCAGUAGCUCACAUCUGAGACUAAAGUCAACACCUGUUCUGCCCUCACACGGCCUGUUAUCAGUCUAACGUGGCUAAACACAGGAGGAGUUGGCAGCAGCAGUUUGAUGUGGAAAUUAUGUCUCUAUGUUGUUCCCGUAACUAACAUGUUCAAGUCUUGAACAAAGACAGGGAGGUGGUGAUCAAGCUCACAUCAUAAAUCAUUUUCACUUAGAAACACUGGACAGCCUCUUUUACCAAACUGACAUGGCUUCAGUAUUUAAUGGGGUUGAUUUAGUGCCGGCUAUCAACACUGUACUUUCAGCUUCUCUGGCAGUGCAUGUGGAAAAGAAAAAAAAAAAACAUCUACUUUUUAUCAAUGUUAUGGCUUGAUUUUUCCAAUUUCUUAAAGAAAUUAAGAAAAACCAGUGAAGGCAAACUCAAUAAACUGAAAAUGAGAUGGUAUAUACUUUACUCAAGCACCUAACUGAGCAAUAUCCAAGUAAGAUCUAUAUAUUAACCAAUAAGGGCAUUAGUAUUGAACUGUGGAGCAGUUCAUACAGUAACAGGAUAAAUAUAUAUGUUCAAUAUAUAUGGUUAAUGAAGCCCAGCUAGCUGAGACUGGACUGGGAGCCAUUUGUGUUGCCCCAGUAAUAAUAGUAAAGGUCUCAGUUAUUGUGCUAUUAAAUGUUCUCUUAAGUGUGGCCGACCCAGGUACAGCUGCAGGCCACCGGUUCAUACCUCUCAAAGGUUUUCAUAAAGUAUCUCAUAGGUUUACAUAGAGCUGGUUGAAAUGUAACUUGACCUUUUUUAGGCUGUUGUGGGUUGAUCAAUCCAUACAGUGUCAUGUGAAUACCUCUCUGACAAAAAAAACCUCUUGGAAAAUGCACAUUUAAACUGUUACAGAGAAAGCUUCAGUGUCGCACUGUGCACUGAAGUUACACAUUACUAGACUGUGUCUUCUGAAGUUAUCACUCAUUUCUGCUCUUUGGGAUUGAAUGAACAAGUGUCUGUCCUUUGCUACUGGAUGAAAAACCACCAUGUGUCCAAAAUAAAUGGGAAAUAAUGGAUA